UGCACACACGAGGAGCGUCACAACAAGCACCCGGCGACCUGGAACCCGCCCAAGAAAACCGAGAGAAAACGUGGAUUUUAUCGAGAAAAACUAUCGUAUUAAAUCUUUACAAGCAGGGCGGUGAUCCAAGACAGGUGUCGGAGCGUGUCGCAGUCAUCUGAUAAUAAUUUGUGCGCUCUUGUAUUGUGGUUACAGCGCGACGACCGAGUUUCUGUCCCAAGAAACGCAAAUCUCUGUUGCAAUAACACUAGCCGUUAUUCACGCUUCGUUUACCGAGUCAUACCACAAGAGGAAAUUGCAGCGUAAGUUUGCACAGCUUCUGCUUUGAAGUAGGUUGUAGCUGUAAUUAAUUUAUAGGCACCACGUGAGUGGGAUGAAACGACCAUUAAGUGGGCACACCCGCUGGAUAUGAUACCUAACACACUCAGAAACUUCAGCCAGAGCAUCGAACCUCUUUGACUCCCGGUACAGCGCCUGGGACUGGCGUUAAAUCUCACUGAAUGACUGUAGCGCUGAAGAACCGCGCGCUUCUGCAGAAAGGACACACAACUACAGGAGACCCUGUCAGAAUGAUGUUGUUUUUAAUCUGAGUGCAUUGGACUUCUCGCGUUUUUAGUUGCAGACUGUUUGAUUUUAACCUCUUUGGUUACACUUCUGAAGAGUUUUAGCUGCUAGCACUGAUCCAGAUGAGAAUGAUGGCAGUGUUAUGGGAUGACCCGUUCACGUUGCUGUGGAGACGGACCGUAAUUUAUUCUCUUCUGGUGCUCUUGAUGAGUGGAGCGCGCACCUUUGGAGAUGAAACCUUUAAUGGAGAGUCAUGGCUGCGGCAGUACGGCUACCUCCCACAGGCCAGCAAGCAGAUGUCCACCAUGCGCUCGGCUCAAAUCCUGUCGAACGCCAUCAGCGACAUGCAGCGCUUUUACGGGCUGGAGAUCACUGGAGUGUUGGACCCCGUCUCCAUCGAGGCCAUGAAGAGACCACGCUGUGGCGUCCCAGACAAGUUUGGGGGUCAGAUCAAGACCAAUGUACGACGGAAACGUUAUGCACUCACUGGCCACAAGUGGGACAAGAACCACAUAACUUUCAGUAUUCAGAACUACACGCCUAAGAUCGGGGAGUAUAACUCAUAUGAGGCCAUCCGACGGGCCUUCAAAGUGUGGGAGAAAGUGACACCGCUGACAUUUGAUGAGAUCCCUUUCCAUGAGGUCAAAUACGGCCGUCGGAAGGAACCUGAUAUCAUGAUCUUCUUCGCAUCUGGUUUUCAUGGUGACAGUUCCCCGUUUGACGGAGAGGGGGGCUUUCUGGCACAUGCUUAUUUCCCUGGUCCAGGGAUGGGUGGAGAUACUCACUUUGACUCAGACGAGCCUUGGACCAUUGGUUCAGAAAACCUACAAGGCAAUGAUCUGUUCCUGGUUGCCGUACAUGAGCUGGGCCAUGCCCUUGGACUGGAACACUCCAAUAAUCCUUUGGCUAUUAUGGCUCCUUUCUACCAGUGGAUGGACACUGAAAACUUUGAGCUGCCUGAGGAUGAUCUACGUGGGGUUCAGCAGAUUUAUGGACCCCCUAGCAGUUCUCCGACUCAGGCUCUCCCCACUGUGACCCCCCGGCGACCAGCCCAUCCAGACCCCAGGGCACCCCAUCCUCCGAAGAACCCUCCCGGAGCGCCCCCUCGCCGGCCGGACAGGCCUCGCACUACCGAUCGCCCAGAUCACUAUGGCCCCAACAUCUGCGAGGGCAAUUUUGACACAGUCACUAUGCUCAGGGGAGAAAUGUUUGUUUUUAAGGGCCGCUGGUUCUGGAGAGUGAGGAGGAACAGAGUGCUGGAUAACUACCCAAUGCCUAUUGGACACUUCUGGAGGGGUCUGCCGGGAGACAUUGAUGCUGCAUAUGAAAGGCAUGAUGGACGAUUUGUGUUUUUCAAAGGGAGUCAGUAUUGGUUGUUCAGAGAAGCCAACCUGGAGCCCGGCUAUCCUCAAGAACUGAUGAACUAUGGUAGAGACAUCCCAUAUGACAAGAUAGAGAUGGCCAUCUGGUGGGAACCUUCUGGCUUCACUUACUUCUUCAAAGGAGACUGGUACUGGCGCUUUAAUGAGCACUCCAGAGCCGCAGAUCAGGACUACCCUAAGCCAAUCAGUGUGUGGGGCACUUCUGUGCCGUCUUCUCCCAAGGGGGCCUUCCUCAGCGAUGAUGGAGCUUAUACGUACUUCUACAAGGGUACAAAGUACUGGAAAUUUGACAACCACAGAAUGAAGAGCGAGCCAGGGUACCCAAAGUCCAUUCUUAGAGACUUCAUGGGCUGUAACGUGGACCUCAAUCCUGACAGAGACACUGAUGUGGAUCCGGGACGCAAGUGGCCUGACAGGCCACCCUUCAACCCAGACGCUGGCCAAGACAAAGACAAAGACAAGGAAAAGGACAAAGAGAGAGACAAGACCAAUGAUGUUGACUCUAAAGAGGAGACUGAAGAGAAAACGAAUGAGGUGGAUGUGGUUCUGAAGAUAGACGAGACAGAGCGUACCAUGAACAUCAUCAUGGUGACGGUACCCCUGGUCCUGGUGCUGUGCAUCUUGGGAUUGAUCUACGCAAUCAUUAACACACUACAGAGGAAAGGAGCACCCACGUAUUUAGUUCACUGCAGACGUUCACUGCAGGACUGGGUUUAACCUCUCAGAAUGACCCUCGAUCCCUGUUCUGCCCUUUCAUUUCACACGUCCAAAAACUUUGCGCACACAAAACACCACCAUAAACAUGCUUACAAACAUACACAUACAUACAGAUACUGACACACAUCAUGUUCAUCUUCACCCUUCUUUUCCUUUCUCAUGGUGCUCUCCUAACAUAUUGACUAGUCUAUUUAUAUCAGAAAGUUUGCACAUUGAUUUUUUUGUUCGGUUUUUCUUUUCAUAAUAUCUUAUUUUCUUUUAAAUCAGUUGUUUGUGGGUUUUUUCUUAAUUUGUAAUUUUAGGAUGUCACAAUUAGUCAUCUGCCAUUACAGCGUAAAUUAUGAACGGGAAGUCUUGCAGAGCAAAAAGAGAGGAAAAGGAAAGCGGAGAAAGGAAUAUCUCUCUUAGGAAUAUUUCUGCAUCCAUUCACCUUUUCUCAGGACUCUCAGCUGUGGUUUUCCAACUGGCCGGGCAAGUCGUAAUAUAUCAUCAUAAAGACUGUAAGGACUGUGGCCACUUGCAUCAUAACUUGUUGAUAUACAGUGGGGUUCAAACGUCUGAGACCACAUGGAAGUCUGGGAUUCAGAAUC